AUGAGGAAAGUGGUCGCAAAGGGUCGCGAGUGCGUAAACUGCGGUGCUACAUCGACGCCCCUCUGGCGACGGGACGGUACCGGCCACUACCUGUGCAAUGCCUGCGGACUGUACUACAAGAUGAACGGACAGAACCGGCCGCUCAUCAAACCGAAGCGAAGACUGGUCAGCGGGCGCGGUGUGGUGCGGAGGAAAGACAAUCACCAACUGCUGGGAAAUUGCGUCUUCCGACGGAUGGAUGGGUACAUCUACAAAUUAGACGCGCGUCAUUCAAAUACCUGUUGUGGUGUGACCCCCAAGAUGGGCUUCAGUAGCGUUAUUUUCUCCCGGACCCGUCAUGGGAAACUCGGUGGCCAAUUCGGUCGCCAGAAAGUGCCUAAGCGUACUGCCCUUGGAGGCACGGGUAAUCCCUCCAAGCAGCUUUUGCAGAGCAACGUAUAUUCUUCGUUGCCAAUCGACGAUACCGACAAUCCGCCGGAAAAACGUAAGAAGCAUCAGUCGCAGCUGCCGCACGUGCAACCAGAGCGGAAGGAUAAGGGCGAUCCGCCGGAUUUGCGCCCAAAAAUUCGCCAGUUAAUCGCUAAAGGGCUGAAGUGUAUAUUUCGGCUCUGCAGCGAGGGCGUGAAAGUCACCGCCGGCUCUAGCGAAUAA